CCGGGGCGGGAACUCGGGCUCGCUGGGCGGAGGAGGAAGCAGGAAGCGCGUCUCUCCGAGGAAAAACAACCCGCCGCGGAGCCGGAGCGACGCCAGCGCCGCAUCCCACUCUCGCUCGACGGGGCCCGGCCUCGAGCGCCGCCAUGUCCAAUAUGGAGAAACACCUGUUUAACUUGAAAUUUGCUGCCAAAGAGCUGAGCAGAAAUGCCAAAAAAUGUGAUAAAGAAGAAAAGAUUGAAAAAGCUAAAAUUAAGAAGGCAAUUCAGAAGGGUAAUACCGAAGUUGCAAGAAUACAUGCAGAAAAUGCAAUCCGGCAAAAGAAUCAAGCAAUCAACUUCUUGCGCAUGAGUGCCCGGGUGGAUGCUGUUGCAGCGAGGGUCCAGACAGCAGUGACUAUGGGCAAGGUGACAAAGUCAAUGGCUGGAGUAGUUAAAUCUAUGGAUGCUACAUUGAAGAGUAUGAACUUAGAAAAGAUCUCUGCCUUGAUGGACAAAUUUGAACAGCAGUUUGAAACCUUAGAUGUUCAGACAGCACAGAUGGAAGACACGAUGAGUAAUACCACUACGCUAACAACACCACAAAAUCAAGUGGAUAUGCUGCUGAACGAAAUGGCCGAUGAGGCUGGGUGAGUGUUCGAAGGACUGAAGCAUGGGGUAUUCUAGUGGCAGCGAAUCCGUGGAGUUAGAGAGAGCAACCUGAGCAGUGGCUGUAUUUCGAAUGGGCCUGUGCUCUUCAUCCAGAGA